AUGAAAAUUAAGCGGUUGAAGGGUUAUAAGCGAAUACUAGAGGCAUAUUCCAGACAUUUUGGACUACCUGUGGAUCCUCUUGAAGUCUUUGUGGACAGUACAUUUGCCAAUCAGGCGCUACUGAACAAGUUGAAUAUCACGGAUCAAUUGGAAGCGACUUUCAAGCUUCCCAUCAAACUGGUCACAUCCACAUGCACAAUCUCUGAGUGUGAAUCGUUGCGACCGCUUUUCUCAGGUGCCUUAAGCAUACUUCAACAAUUCAAAGUGCUCAAAUGCAAGCACUCGUUUGAUCCAACGAGAGGUGCUCCAUGGUGUAUUCGUAGACGAAUUCAAACGGCUCGAAAAAGUGGACUGCGAAAAUGCGGUCGCAGUUUGCUUUUUGCACUGGCCUCAAACGAUGAAUUGCUACAAAUGCGGGCUCGUUUAGUUGCCGGGAUGCCAAUAUUUUAUGUGGCUCACAACCGAAUCAAUAUGGAACCCGUACCACCGACCACAGAAAAACUUCUGGACACAAAAUCGAGGGAGUCAAUCGGACUAUCGGUGCAUGAGAGCGUGGUUGUCAGUUCAUUGGCUGCUCAAUACGGCGUCACUUCGGAGGGUGUAUUAGUUAAGAAAAGAAAACGCAAAACCGGACCAAAUCCACUCUCCUGUAAAAAGAAAAAACGCAACCAACAACCAACACCACCUAAAAAAACAUUAGAGAAGCCUCAUAGACGUAGAAGACGGAGGCGAAUUCACAACACAUGGGCUUUUCAGCAAGCUUUGCUACACUUCAAAGAACAGAUCGCAUUGCAAACACGAGCUGUAUAG